AUGAGAAAUAUAGCAACUUGCUACAGCCAACAUGCCAUCAAAAUAUCUGAUUCAUACUGUUCUGGACCUUCCAAUCAGGCUUAUCUUUCCCCAAAUUUGAUCCCUUCAAUCCAAAAUGCAGUCACAUGUAUCUACAGAGCCAAACAUUCCACUCACAAACAGUUUCUCAUCAGAAUCAUCUGGUCCAACCUUACACAUCAAGGCUUCUCCAUAAGUAUCAGUGAUGAUCCAUCUUCCCCUUCAAAAUUCAGUAAAAAUUCUCACCAAUUACGGAAGAUUAAAGGCACAAAAGCAUUUGAAUUUCGCAAUUCAAAGAUUGAAGUCUUCUGGGAUCUCUCAAAAGCUACCUACGAUGCUGGACCUGAGCCAAUCAAUGGGUUUUACAUCAUGGUUUUGGUCAACUCAGGGUUAAGUCUCCUUCUUGGAGACAUGGAAGAAGAACCUGUCAUGAAGAAACUAAUAUCCAAUCCACCCUUAGCCAAAUUUUCUUUAGUUUCUCGCAGUGAACAGUUUUUGGGUAAUUCUCUGUAUUCAACCAAGGCUCAGUUCUGUGAAAAUGGAAUAUGUCAUGACAUUUUGAUCAAGUGCAUCGGUGACGAAAGGGGGUCGAAGAACUCGGGAUUAUCGGUAUGUAUUGACGAGAAGAAUGUGAUUCAAGUAAAGAGAUUAAGGUGGAAUUUUCGGGGGAAUCAGACCAUCUUUGUAGAUGGGUUGGUGGUGGAUAUGAUGUGGGAUGUUCAUGACUGGUUCUUCAAUCCAGCUUCUGGUUGUGCUGUUUUCAUGUUUAGGACAAGGAGUGGGUUGGAUAGCAGGUUGUGGUUGGAAGAGAAAAUUUUGGAGCAGAAAGAAGAAGACAAGGUUGGAUUUUCUCUGUUAAUCUGUGCCUGUAAGAAUCCUGAUUAAUUCAUUAUUUUGUAUUUAUUUUCCUUCUUUUUUUUGGUUUUGUUUUUAUUUUCUCAACUCCAAAUUCCACCCUUUUUAUGUGGAGGAUUAUAGAUGGUUUAGUAUUACCAUAUCAUCAUAUAGAAAUUAAUGUGCUAGACUUGGGGAGUGGAGAAAUUAUUUGACGUAGAGAUUGGAAUUGUACAUGAAGCUUCUGGAUAGAGGAUCAAACUGGAAGUUGUAGAUGUGUUGUGGGUUUUAUUUAUUCAUUUGAACACUAUGGUAGGGAUGUGUUAGGAGUCUUAAUUUUUCAUGUUUGAAUUCUUAUGAUGUAUUGAUUUUUACAAAGAUUGUAUGAUUAAUUUAAAGUUAGUUUGUUU